AUGCACAAGAAAAUUAGUCUGUGUAAUGGCUAAUUUAAAACUAUUAGAAAAGAAUAAUUAUAAUGUUUGGGUAAUUUCUCUCUUUUAAAUAUUAGAACAUCAUCCCCAAUCAUUAUUCAAAAAUAUAAUAAAUAAGCUUUAAAAUCAUAUUUUCUCAUCAACCGCUUAACCAUAGGUAUCUUUAAAUUAUAUUGUAUUUUUAGAUACUUAAAAAACCUAUGUUUAUCUUCUAAAAGACUAUACUAAAAGUAAAAUUGAAUCAUAUUUUCGGAUAUCUUCAAAUUGCCUUUUUAUUUUUAUUCACUGAUUUAUUAGAUUAAAAUAUGAGAAAAGUUAAAAUUUUACCCAUUUUCAUAAAAUCAAUAUGA